AGCAUAAUAAUAAUGGAAAUUGAAGGUACUACAAUAUACACCAAUCAUACUACCCAACUCGCAUAAAUAAAAGUGAAGAUAUUGUAAUUUAUAAAUUCACAAAUCAUUUACCAUAAUUUAUAGUGAAAAUGAGCAACUCGGCAGCCCCACACCUAGCUCUCUUCCCCUGCGCCGGCAUGGGCCACCUGAUCCCAUUUCUCCGCCUCGCCGCCGACCUCCACUCCCGCGGUGCAGCCGCCACAAUCAUCACCGUUGAGCCCACCGUGAGCAGCGCCGAGUCGGAUUACCUCUCCGACUUCUUCGCCACAUUCCCGCGCAUCAAACGCCUCGAAUUCCAUCUCCUCCCUCACACCAAAUCCCAACUAAUCAACGAAGAUCCUUUCUUCAUCCAAAUGGAACGCGUCGGCAACUCCGUCCAUCUCCUCCCGCCCUUGCUCUCUUCCCUCUCCCCGCCUCUCUCCGCCGCCAUCGUCGACUUCCCCAUCCUCAGCCGACUCCUCCACCUCCUAUCCCUCCCCGUCUACACACUCAUCACCUCCUCCGCCAGAUUCUUCUCUCUCAUGACCUCCCUCUCUCACCUACCACCUCCCCUCAACAGCCAAAUCGAAAUCCCUAAUAUAGUUCCAAUCCCCGUCUCGAGCAUUCCUCCGCCCAUGCUCGACCCCAACCACUUCUUCUCCGCCAACAUCAUCGAAAACGUUGCGGUGCUGCAACAUACAAAGGGUGUUAUGAUCAACACAUUUUCCUCUCUAGAGCCGGAAGCGAUCGAGGCUCUUCGCGCAAAGGGAGUACUUAAACACCUACUUCCGGUGGGGCCGCUGCCGCCGUUUCAGAGAUCAAAAACCUGUCACGAGCUCCCGUGGCUAGACGAGCAGGCGGCAGAAUCAGUGGUGUACAUCAGCUUCGGGAGCAGAACGGCGCUGUCGAAGGCGCAGAUGAGGGAGGUGGCUGGGGCGCUGGAGGAAAGCGGGUGCAAGUUUUUUUGGGUGGUGAAAGGGAGCAAGGUUGAUAAGGAAGACGAAGAAGAAGUAGAUGAGAUGGUGGGGGAAGCGUUUCUGAAGAGGACGGAGGGGCAGGGGAGGGUGGUAAGGGGGUGGGUGGAGCAGGAGCGGAUUCUGGGUCAUCCAGCCAUUGGGGGAUUCGUGAGCCACUGCGGGUGGAAUUCGGUGACGGAGGCAGCAGCGCUGGGGGUGCCGGUGCUGGCGUGGCCGACGCACGGGGACCAGAGAGUGAACGCGGAGGUGGUGGAGAGGGCGGGGUUGGGAGUGUGGGAGAGAGAGUGGGGAUGGCAAGCCGGGGGCGGGAGAUUGAUCGGAAGGGAGGAGAUUGCCAACAAAUUGAGGGCGCUGAUUGGAGACGCGAAGUUGAGGGCGACGGCUAAGGAGGUCAAAGAAAAGGCGCGGCGUGCGAGAGAGGAAUGUUUGCUUCAAGGACUCCUCCUCAAUUCCAUUUCGGACUAAUAAACCAAUCACAUUGUCUUGUCUCAAAGUAACUCUGUUUUCAUAAGGAGAAAUUCAUAAAAUUAUUGACUGAUGUUUCUUCUUGAAAUUAUAUGUAGUACUACUCCCUCUGUCCCAAGGAAGAUGAUCCCCUUUUUGGGCGGCAACGGAUUUUAUACAAAUUUA